AAUCAGCGAGACAGAGAAAAUGGAAGGCUGAGCUAGCUAGCAUGCUAGUUGAUCGAAUUAAUCAAUAACUGGAAACUAAUCAUUUAUAUCUAAGGUGCAAAGAGAAUCAAGUGGAAUGACACUUAGCACGUCCUGAAAAUUAGGCUUUGGCAGCCAUCUGCUUAGAGCUACCUAUCAACGGCAAUAUGGACCCAAUGGAAAAUAACAGCGAUGCUAAUGAUUCAGAGGAACAGCAGAGCCAGGCAGAAGAGGCAGAGUCAAGUAAUAGGCUGACCAUGGCUCAGGUUAAAAAGUCUUGGGGCUUCAGGCGGACAACCAUCGCUAGACGGGAGUUCUUGGACGAAGUGGGACAGCUAGCCCACAGUCCACCACUUUUACGCAGAGGUCGUCGAGCUAACCAGACUCCUCAUCCCACUCCAGAAACCCCCGCGACCCAGACUCGUUCAAAUAGGAGUGUUUUAGAGGAGCUAGAGUGGUCUGCCCCAUCCUCGCCUGCAUCAGAGGACAGCAAGCCAGCCUCAGAAGCUUCUGCAGGAGUCGGCCUUGACCCCAGCUUAUGGCAGGAUUUCGGCUCUGCCUUCCACACUGCCUUCUCACUGCUGGGUGGGAACGAGGGCUUGUCAAUGGAAAUGCCAGAUUCACUGGCAGCCCCAGACAUUAUGGAAACUACCGAUGCAGUCGAGGAGCCUCCUCAACAGGUUAUAGAAGAAAUUGAUUUUGUCGAACCUGUCGAUGACAUGGAGGUCUCACAGCCAGUUGCCCUGGACGACGAGUCAGGAGGGGAAAUCGAUGAUGUCGUGUUGAUUACUAGUCAAGAAGAGGACAGCGAUGAAAUGACUCUGAUACAGAUUAAGGACCGGCUGGCUUCCAAGGUCGGGCAGGGAGACACGAGAGGUAGAGGGGGGCGAGGUAGAGGUGGAAGAGGAAAGGCCAGAGGAAGGGGCAGAGGCAGAGGGAGAGGACGAGGCAGAGGAAGGGGCAGAGGACGGGGCAGGGCGGUGGCACUUCAGCCGAGCAUGGUAGAUACUGAGGACGAUGAGCUGGUGCUUCUUAAUCCAGCUGAACAACAGCUGCAGCAGUUGCAAGAGGUGGAAAAAGAAAAUGAUCCACACAGCCCCGCUAAAAUAGAGCUAUCAUCCUCUAAUUCUGACAUUACUCUGAGUCCUGCUCAGCAAUCGAGCUCGGACUGCAUAAUCAUGGACACUGAUUUAGACCAGAUUGCUGAUGUAACUCCUGGACAGUUUGACGAUGCACCACAGGAGGUAGAGGAGGAGAAGAAAGAUGACAAGAAUGUAGGAGAGCCUUCGGCCAUAACGGAUACAGAGGCCUCCAAUACUCUGUACUGCAUCUGUCGGCAAAAGCAAGAUAAAAGGUUCAUGAUCUGCUGUGACAGUUGCCAGGAUUGGUUCCAUGGUGAGUGUGUUGGUAUCACUCAGACACAGGGCCGUAAGAUGGAGAGGAAAGGGGAAGAGUACACCUGCCCCCCUUGCAUUACAAAAAAGCAGAGUCAGCAGCAACUGGAGCCGCAGCCAGAACCAGAGCCUGAACCUUUGCUUAGCUUUCCUGAAUGCUUGACACUAAUAUCUCCUGCUGAAGAACGGGAGGGGCAUGAGGAGCAGCAAGAACUCAAGGAGACUAUAUUGGUGGUGGAGGAGGAAGAGGAGGCUCGUGUGAUAAAGCCUGAACCCAAACCUGAGUCUGAGCCCGAGCCCAAAGCUGAGAUGAAGGCCGAGAGUUCUCUUCCUCUGUGUAUUGGACCCGAGUGCUCCAGACAAGCCCUACCGGACUCUGUUUACUGUGGCACUGAUUGCAUCCUUCAGCAUGCUGCCUUCACUAUGAAGACACUUUCUGUUCCUAAAGUGCCCAAGCCCAGAGGACGGCCACCGAAAAAAGCUGCCACUGCCAAACCCACUGCUAAGGGUCCGAGAUCAGGCAGGAUGUCCAAGAGAUUAGCAGAAAAAGCGGAGGAAGAAAGUGAAGAGGGGGAUGAUGGAGCGCAGGAGGAGGCUGCAACUUCCUUAGGCUGCGGCCCCAGUCUCACAGAAGAGCAGGCCUCUUCCAUACCAUCAUCUAAGUUUUACACAGCGUCUAAGGACAGCAAAGAGGUAGAGGCCGAAAGUGAAGCUGUUGCUCCGUCGAAAGAACCUCCAGAGGACUCCUCAACAGAUCCUGCUCCCUUCUCACAGCCUGUCACUGAGUCAGCCCCAACACAGAGCCACUCUCAAGAAAAGGCAAAGGAGCCAAUCAACAGUGGUGUGCCUAAGCAGCAGCAAUCUGCAGAAUCAGAUUCUGGUAAAAAAUCUAGUUUGUCUCCAGCUGCACAAUCCCCAUCUAUCUCUGCUCCCAGACACCAUGAAACAGGGGCCCUCAUGGUUACUAAGACCACAUACGUCAUACCAAAGAAGCAGCCUAUACCCCAGCCACCGUCCAGCCAUGUGUUAGCCUCAACAUCAGGCCUGAAGCCUUCUACAGCAUCCAUGCUGCUGAACGAAACCAGAAAUCUGCUGGUGCCACCUGCACCCAGUGCUCCAUCCUCUCGACCCUCGCAGCCCAAUAACCAGGUCAGACAGAGCAUCCAGCGCUCCCUCACCGGCAUCCUGUUUAAAAGGGUGAAUGAUUGUGAGGAUCUGGAUAUGUCUGAGAAUGACGUUGCUAAGCUUGUCGCGAGCAUUGAGAUGGAGAUGUUCAACAUAUUUCGCAACACAGACAGCAAAUACAUGAACAAGUACAGAACUAUAAUGUUCAACCUGAAAGACCCAAGAAACAAGGGUUUGUUGUAUCGGGUUGUACAUGGAGAAAUCAGUUCCUUCAGACUGGCCAGGAUGAGCCAGAAGGAUAUGCAGGCUAUCAAAGCAUCACAGCCAAGUGCAAAAGAAGUAACAGAGGUUAAGGAUGCAGCUGCUAAAGCGACAAGUUCACUGCAGAAGCCUGAAGCAGUGAAGGUUGAUCUGCCCAGUUUGAAUCCUGCUCGACCCGAUAGAAGCACGGUUGCUUCUCAGGAACAGAAGAAAAGUCUUCCUGCUCCUGCUCUCAAGAGCAGAACAAGCCAGCCAAGCCAGGCCAGUGCUGUACCAGACAUUCUUGCCUGCAUGCUGAAGGACACAACAUCAGAGCACAAAACUCAUCUCUUUGACCUGAAAUGCAAGAUAUGCACAGGUCAAAUGCUUGCUGGGGAAGAGGAGGAGCCUGUAAAGAAAAAACCUAAGGUUUUUGAAACAAGAGACAAGCAUGAACCCUCUUGGAGAAAGACUGCAGGAGAUGAUUCCCCAUUGCGGGCGCCACCUGACUCACCAGACAUGGAUUCUCCAACAUCAUGCCUUAUUGAUCCAUCAUCCCGCCUUAUAAUUGACGCUCCACCAUUGACUAUAGUCGAGUCCCCUGCUUCCCCAAUAAUGGACUCUCCAGCCUCCCCUGCUUUAGAGUCUCCAGCUUCCCCUAUCAUGGAGUCCCCUGCGUCCCCAAAGCCAGACACUCCUAGAACUACUACACAAAAGAGAGCAUACACACCAGUUGUGAUCCCUGCUGUCUCCACAGUAACAAUCACAAGACGUGACCCUCGCACUGCAGCAAGCAGGUUCUCUGCUUCAUCUAGUGGCACCCCUGGUCCCAGUAACACAACCCAUAAUAAAUCAGUCCCUUAUGCUCCUUUUAAAGACAUUAUCUCUGCAACGCCCUCAGCCCCUGCCUCCUCACAACCACCCACCAAACCCUUACCUAAAUCUAUCUUAAUGAAGCCAUCUUCCUCUGCUGAUCCCAGACUCUACAGCACAUCAUCAAGGACUGUGAUCUCCGAAUCCCCAGCUGAUGGUGAGACGUCUCAGUUCUUGGCUAAGCAAGAUGUAGUGUGGAAAGGCUUCCUUAACAUGCUGAGUGUAGCCAAGUUUGUCACCAAGGGAUAUCUGGUUUCAGGAUGUGCUGAAAAUCUAAAACUGGAUCUACCUGAUACCAUACAAAUCGGAGGACGAAUUCUGCCUCAAACAGUGUGGGACUAUGUUGAAAAACUAAAGAGCUCUGUUACAAAGGAAUUAUGUGUGAUUCGGUUUCACCCCGCAACAGAAGAGGAAGAGGUGGCCUAUGUCUCCCUGUUUUCCUAUUUCAGCAGCAGAGGUCGUUUUGGUGUGGUCGCCAAUGGUAGCCGUUCCAUCAAGGAUGUAUACCUUGUCCCACUCAGUGGAAAGGACUCAAUCCCAUCCAUACUGCAACCUCUUGAUGGACCAGGGCUUGAAAAAAACAGGCCUAAUCUUCUUCUGGGUCUAGCAGUCAUCCAGAAGGCAAAACGUCCAGGAAGCUUGCCUCAGGAAAUUGAAGAGAAGAGACCAAAAGUUCACAUGUCCAAGGACCCUACGUGGAUCCCAAAACCCCCAGUUCUUUAUGGUUCUGACAAAUUGGAGAUAUUCCAACCCUACGAUCCAGAGACUCCUGCUAGCACCACCCCUCCUGGCUCCCCACCUUGCCCGGCGUCACCAUCAGACUCUUCCUCAUCCAGCUCAGUUACCAUACCGUCUAGUUUGACUUCCACUAAAACAAAACCUCCUGUUUCUACCUCAACUGCUGCUGAUUCCAGUCAGUCCACAUCUAAUAGCACCUCUGACAAAAAUCCCACAACUGCUCCCAGUAAUAAGACACCGCUGCAGACUAUCUUGAAGUGUUUGUUCCACAAUAAGGAAACUGACUCUGUGGUCUCUUCUGUUGAAACUUCAACAACAACAACGGUUGCUGUUAAGAAGGUCCCAGUGUUUUCCCAGAUGUCAGACUCAAUGGCGGAUCCGAUUGUUCAGCAAUAUGGACAGAAAUCAAAAGUAAAAAAAAUAGAGGAAGAAGAAGAAAAUGACUUUGACCGACCAUAUGACCCAGAAGAGGAGUAUGAUCCAGCUAUGGGAUAUGGAAUGGUUGGUCUAAAGAGCAUAGAAACAACUAAGGCAGAUGGCCCUGUAGUAUCAGACAUUGUAGACGAUGAUGUGGCCUAUGAUCCAGAAGACGAGACCAUCUUUGCUGAUAUUCAAAGUAAUGUUGUGACAAAGCCCCCUGUUCCAACUCAAACAUCAGAUUCUCCAUCAUGCCCAACCACGAUUUCCACCCAGAUUGUAACGCCAGCUCCCAUCUCCACUCCAGUGCAAGCCUCCACCCCUGCUGGAGCAUUGCAGAACAUUCCUACGGGCACUGUGGUUGUCUCAGCUGCAACACUAACUGAACAACAGCGGAUGCUUGAAGAGCUAAAUAAGCAGAUUGAAGAGCAAAAACGGCAGUUGAAAGAGCAGGAAGAGGCACUUCGUCAACAGAGAGAGGCUGUGGGUAUGUUCAUGGCUCACUUUUCUGUUAGUGAUACCCUGAUGUCUCCCCCCCAAAAAUCUUUGCCUGUCAGUCAACUGUCAGAAUCAAAAGACAAGAUCCACAACCUUACAGCGACUGUGGAAAGUUCAAAUGUGGAUUCACAAAGUGAUAAGCUAGAAGACACAACUGCAAUCCCUAAUUUAGAAAAUGAUAAAGAUACUCUUACACAACAAGAUGAAACACAAAAAAAUGAUAAGGAAAGUGACAAAUAUUCCUCUGCUGGAGAAAUCAUAGAUUCUGAUGUAGCUUAUGAUCCUGAGGAUGAAUCACUUUUUGAUGAAAUUCAAGAUGAUGUAUUUCAAGAAGGCAGUAUAAAGUCUCGUGACUCGUCUUUGUCUAGAACAGGCCGUAGUUCCAGCCGCAAAGGCACUCCUCUGAAUUCAUACCACAGCAGAAAACGAAGACAUUCACCAAAGAAGCGGAGUCAUCGUGAAAGGGACCGGCAUGGAAGUCCUUCAAGAAGGUCACAUCAGCGUUCUCCUUCACAUUCACGGAGACGCAGAGAAAGGGAUAGGCAAAGAAGAGGUGAUAGGGAGAGGUCAAGGCAUGGAACUAGAGAUCAGACUGAACGCCAAGUUCGCCACCGUAAAGAGCAUACCACACGCCGACAUUCUCAUGGGCAUAGAAGAUCCCCAUCAUAUCCUCGAAAAAAAGACUCAGGGUCUCUUUCGCCAAAACAGCACAGAGGACUUUCACCACAAGUUCCUGAGAAAUCAAAACCUUUAAGUGUUUUGAGUAAUACUCAAGACACUUCUGACUCCGUUGGACAGUUUGUAGAGAGUAAUACAUCACCAUUUACCUCAGUUACUUUUAAAAAUGACCCUGAUGGGCGUCAGCUAAAAAGUAAUGUUGUUGAGAGCACUGAUAAAGGCAUUUCUCCCUGUCCACAUGAACUUCACAAUGUGAAGCUUGAGACUUCAGAAUCACCUAUAUCGCAGGAGUUUCAAAAGCCUUCAGUCAGUGUCCAUGACAACAGAGGUAGUGGUUCUUCUACACAAAUGGAUAAACCCUCUAAACAGGAAAUGAUGUUUCUAGACAAACUUGACAGUACAGUUCCAUUAAGAGAAAUUGAUCCGCCUAUUCGAGAUUCUCCUCAGAGUCCAGAUCCAGAGCCACAGUUUGUAAAACCUAGCAAUAUAGAACAUAUUGGCUCUGUUAAGACUGAGGAAAUCAAUGAUCCUGAGACACAUACCAGUGUCACAGUACAAAAUGUCAAAGUUGAAAAUAAUUGUAUGCCUACUUGUGGCGAAGCAGCAGUGUCCAAUAUACUGUGGCCUGCUGUUAGCCCAAUACCAAAUGUCAGAAAUAUGGAUUUUAGAGCCCCAAAUCCAGAAGGCCCUGGGGCCACAGAUAAAGGUAUGAUUGAGACAGACAAACGGAUGGAAAGUGGAAGUCCAUGCUUUAAGCAUUCAAAUCGAGCUACAGGCUCAGAUAUUCAGAAUGUAGAACCUGGUAUGAGUGCUCCAGGUAUUAGGGAUGCAGGAUCAGAUAUGAAGGAAUUUGGACAUAGGGGACCACAGAUAGAUCUUAGAGGAACAGUAAUUGGAUUCCCAGGGCCUGAUAUGAGAGGUCCAGCCAUGCAAGGCAUAAAUCCCAACAUUUGGGGUCCUGGAUCACACAGACAAGAUCUGUCUAGUAUGCAAGGCAUGAACCCAGGUCAAAGCCCUCAUAUGAGACACAGUGAACCAGCAAUGAGAAUACAAAUGCCUGUACCAGCUGUUACAAAUUCAGCAGCUAUGCAUCAUCAAAGUCUGGAAAACCCAGAUGGCAGGCCAAAUGUUUUAGAAAAAGGGAGAGAUCAAUCAUUUGAUGGUCCACAGAUCAAAGGUAAAGCUCCAGAUAUUAUAGAAAGAGAAAGAAGCCAAAAAGAUAGAGGUGAAAGUCCAUAUACUGGGGGUAUGAGAUCUGCUUUGGGUGAAGGUGUACAAGAUCCAAAUAUAAGGAGACCAGGUCCCUUUUUUAGGGGCUCUUUAAGAGGUGAAUGGCAAUCAAAGCAUGAUGGCAGUCCAGUUUCAGAGGAAAGGGAGUCUCUGAAAAGGGGUUUUCAGACACAUGGAGGUCCUGAGAGGUUUUUUGAUUCAAAUGCAACUAUGAAUUCAGAGGGUAGAGUUCAGAGAGCAGAUAGACUAUCCCCAGCAAUGACCGAUGAAAGGCAGGGUCAACUAAAAGGGCUUGACCUACCCAUGAGAGUACCAGGGCCAAACAUACAUUAUGAAAGUGGUGGGUCAAUCAUGUCCUGCACUGGACAAGACAGUAGUGGGUCUAAAGAACAUUUCAAGGAGCCACAGCCGGAUAUUAGGACUGAAAGGACAUCGUAUGGCCCUGACAUGAGAGAAUCAAAAACGAUGCAUGAAUUCAGAAGGCCAAGUAUAACAGAAAUAAGUUAUAUUGGACCUGGUAGUAUGGGUGUUUUAGAUACAAGCUGUAAUAAUAUGCCACAUGUUACAAAUCCAGAUUUGAGGGGUCCAGGACCAGGUGUCCCUGGUAUAAGUAGUCAGGGGAGUCAAAAUAAGGGUCUGGGUCCACAUAUGAGGGGUACAGAUUGGAAUGAUCCAAGGUCAGAUAGGAGAGAAUCAGGCCCAGUCAGGGGAAGGCCAUUUAUAAAAGACGAAAGCAGAGUCCCUCAGCCUGAUAGGAGAGAUCCAAACAUGGAGAGCCAGGGUCCUGACAGUAGAGGUGUUGGAGAUCUAGACUUUAGAGGACCAGGGUCUGAAAUGAGAUGUCCAAACAUGGUGGACCUUAGGCAUGACAGGAGAGGACCAGGAGGUCCAGAUUUCAUGGUACCAGAGCCAAAAAGGAGAGGUUUGGACAAUGUAGGACCUGGCAUGCAAGGAGCAGGGGGUCCAGACUUUGCUGGACCAGUUCUUGAGAAGAGAUGUGUACCAAUGGACAUGAAAGGACCGGCAACUCAAGAUUUCAAGGGGCCAUGGCCUGAAAGGAGAGGUCCUGAUAUGGUGCAUCCUGUGACUGACAGGCGAGGACCUGGAUUUCCAGAUUUCAGUGAACCAGGGCCUGAAGGGAGAGGUCCAGUUAUGGAGGGUCCUGGGCCUGACAGGAGAGGACCUGGAGGUCCAGAUUUCAGGGGACUGCCACCUGACUGGAGAGGUCCAGCUAUGGAGAGUACUGGGCCUGACAGAAGAGGACCAAGAGGUCCAGAUUUUAGGGGACCAGGGCUUGAAAACAGAGGCUUAUCUAUUGAGGGUCCUGAACCUGCCUGGAGAGGACCUGGAGGACCAGAUCUCAGAAGACUAGGACCUGAAAACAGAGGUCCAGUUAUGGAGUUUCUUGGGUCUGACAGGAGAGAACCAGGAGGUCCAGAUUUCAGGGGACCAAGGCCAGAAAACAGCGGUUUAUCUAUGGAGGGUCCUGGGCCUCCGAGGAGAGGACCUGGAGGAUCAGAUUUCAGAGGACCAGGGCCUGAAAAGAGAGGUCCAGUUAUGGAAGGUCCUGGACCUGACAGGAGAGAACCUGGAGGUCCAGGAUUCAGGGGGCCAGAGCCUGAAAGGAGAGGUCCAACUAUGGAGGGUCCUGGAGGCGGCAGGAGAGGUCCUGGAAGUACAGAUUUCAGGGGGCCAGGACCUGAAAGGAGAGGUCCAGCUAUGGAAGGUCCUGGACCUGACAGGAGAGAACCUGGAGGUCCAGGAUUCCGGGGACAAGGGCCUGAAAGCAGAGGCGUAUCUAUGCAGGGUCCUGGGCCUGACAGAAGAGGGCCCGGAGGUCCAGAUUUCAGGGGACCAGGGACUGAAAUGAGAGGUCCACAUAUAGAGGGUCCUGGAUCUAAUAUAAAAGGACCAGGUCCAGAUUUCAGGGGAUUUGGGCAUGAGGCCAGAGGUUUAUCAGUGGAGGGUCCUGGGCCUGAAAGAAGAGGUCCUGGGGGUCCAGAUUUCACAGUACCAGGGCAUGAAAGGAGAGGUCCUUCUAUGGAGGGUCCUGGGCCUGACAGGAGAGGACCUGGGGGUCCAGAUUUCAGGGGACCAGGUCCUGAAAGCAGAGGUCCAGCUAUGGAAGGCCAAGGACCUGAUGGGGGAGGUCCUGCAAUGGAUGGUCAGUGGCCUGAUAGAAGAGAAUCAGAAUUUCCAGGUGGGCGAGGGCAUGAAAGGCGAGGUCACACUAUGGACAGUCAAGUGCCUGAUAGAAGAGGACCAGGAGGUCCAGAUUUCCAGAGACCUGGUCCUGAUAGGAGAGGUCUAGCCAUGGAUAGAAUAGGGCCUGACAGGAGAGGACCUGGAGGGCCAGAGUUCAGAGGGCCUGGGUGUGAAAGGAGAGGCCCCUCUAAUGAGCACCCGGGGCCUGACAGGAGAGGACCAGGAGAUCAAAAUAUGAGUGGACUGGGUCCUGACAGGAGAGGACCAUAUCCCAGGGGUCCUGAGCCUGACUUCACUGGACUGGGGCCUGAAAGAAUUGGUCCAGGUAUAGAAAGUUCAGGGCCUCAAAGUAGAGGACAGGGAGGACCAAACUUUAGGGGUCCUGGGCCAGAAAGUGGACAAUCAAUUAUUGAUGGCCCGGGGCCUGACAGGAGAGGACCAGACACCUGGGGACCAAGACCAGCAAGACCACGUCUAGGUAUGGAGGGUCUAGGGCCAAACAGACGAGUGCCACGAGGACCAAAUUUAAGAGGGCCAGGGCCUGAAGGAAGGCCUCAAGAGAUGGAGGGAUCAGAAAAAAGCAGGAGCUUUCCAGGAGGUCCACAGUUUAGGGGUUUUGAGACAGAAGAAAUAACCCCAGAUAUGGAGUGCCCAGAGUCUGAAAGAAGAGGUCCACACAGAGGAAUGAGGCCUGAAAGAGCUAUUAUGGAUGGUCACAGGCCUAGGAUGAAACAUCCAAGAGGUCCAGAUUUUAGAGGACCAGAUGAAAGUAGAGUUCUAGACAUGGAGAGAUCAGAGCCUGGCAGACAGGAACCGCAAGGCUUCAUGGAGCCUGGACCUAAAAGAAGAUGUCCAGAAAUAGAGGGCCCAGGACCAGAUUGGAGAAGAUCAGAUGGUCCAGAUUGUAGAGGUCCAGGCAUCAGGCAGAAAGGUCCAAAUACAGAUGGCCCAAGGCAUAUAAGAGAUGACUGGGGAGGAGCUGACUUUGGAGGCUCAGAACCUAUUCAAGAGAGCCCACAUAUAGAGGGCCAAGGAAACGAUAGAAGAGGUCGAAACUUGAGGGGUUCAAGGCCAAUGAGAGGAAGCAGUAGAGGACCAGGGCAAGAUAUGAGCAGUCUAAAUCGGGGAGACGGAUGGAAAGGCCCAAAUUUCAUGGGCUCUGCACCUGAUAGAAGAGGCACAGACACAAGCGAACAAUGGCCAGAUGGAAGAGGGCCCAAUAUGGAGGCUGUGGGAGAUGAAAGACAAUGUUCAGGAGAUUAUUGGAAAAGACAUGGCAACAGGGGUCCAGGCACCAUCCAAGGAGGUCCAAGUGAGCAAGUUCAUGAACAUAGAAGGCAAGGUCCUUGUAGAGGACCAAGGUCCAUAAAUGAAAGACCAAAUAUGCCAUUUCCUGUGGCAAUUCCAGGAGAUGAUGGGAUUGGGCCUGGUUGCAGGGAUCCCGGGUUUGUGCAGGGUGACUCUGAUAUGGGAGGACCUGGAAAUGGAUGGAGAGAGCCUGACAAGGGGGGGGCUGGACCAUUUUUUAGUAGGGAAAGAGAUGCAGAAAAUAGAGGACAAGGCCAUGAUAGGAGAGGUCCAGGCAUGAGGGAACCAUCAUCAGAUAUAAGAGGGGAUCCAGAUAUGGGGAAUGACUGGAGGCAGACAGACUUUAGGGGUAAUAUGAGAGGGCCAAACAUGGAAGGGCCUGGGGUUCAUAGGAGAGGUCCCAGAGGUCCAGAUUCAAGAUGCUCAGGACCUGAAAACAGAAAUUUAAACACAGAAGGAAUAGGGACUGAUGGGAGGUUUUCAGAUUGUGGGGGACGAGGAUCUGAAAGGCAAGGUGUAGACAUGGAAAGCCCUGUAAUGAAUAGACAGCGAUUUGAGCAUGAUUUUAGGAGGGAAAAUAGGGGUCCAGACCUGAGAAGGCUGCGGCCUGUAAGGGGGCCACAACCUGAAAAUUCAGAUAUAAGACAUGAGCCUGGGAGGUGGGAUGCAAAUACUGAGAUCCCUGGAACCGUUCAAAGAGGUCCAAACAUGAUGGGCCCAAGUUCUAGGGGAUCUGAGCAACCCAUGAAAGAUGAAACUCAGUGGUCAGAUAUAAGGGGCCCAGGGUGUGAAAGCACAGGACCAGACAUGGCAGCAACAUCUCAUUUCAAUAGUCCACAUCAAGUUAAGAGAAUCCAAGGCCCUAGUGAUCCACAUUUUAUGCCAUACAAUGGACCCCUAGGUCCAACUCAAAAUAGUAGAGAAAACUCAUGUCCUGGUUUUGACAAUAUACAAAAUCAGCAAGCAGUAAAACCCCAGAGACACAGAGCUGCCUUACUUCCAACUCCAGCAGAAGGUCUCAUACGCUUCCCUAAUCGUAUGAUCAACAAACCUGAUGUCUUCAGCCCCAAACCAAAACAAAUGGGUCAUCCAACAGACAGGGAUUGGAGUAGAGGUAGAUCAAUAAGUCGAGAAAGAGAGUUGGUCAAAGGGCAAAAACAGGAGCAGGAGAAAAGUCCUGCUGAUAAAAUAAGUACCCCUGUAGAUGCACACACAGAGGGUGGAGAAGGUAUAAAGGAAGCAGGAAAUGAAACAGAUGGACAGGGUGGGGCAGCCAAGUAGGACACAGGUAUGACAUCUUAAUAUAUUAACCUUUCUGGACAGUAAGGCUGUCCAGCUGGAAAUAUCAUAUUGGAUAGAGAAACUACAGUUUCAUUAUGACACACAUUGAACGUUUUUCUUAAGGAAAGUGGUUAUCAAUGUGUUAUUGAAAUUUCAUCAAGACCUACAGGCAAAGCCAUGUGAAGGAUCGGACAUUAUAGCUUAAUCUGAAAAUGCCCAGACAUUUGAGUUCUAGCAAGUCCUAGUUGGUCUAGUAUUUCAAGUAGAUGCAUUUAUUUUUGUUAUUUGAUUAUGACUAAAUGCCUCUUAAAUUUUCCAUUCACUUGUAAAUUGAAUCAAUGUGACAAAUAGUAGGACAUGUUUUGUGCAGAAAAUGUACAGUUUUAUGUUUCUUUGUUUUUUAACAUAGCCAUAGUGUUGUUAUUGAAGCCUUGGCCUGGCUCUUAUGUUCGGAUGAUUAAAAUGGCAUGUUUCGUUGUUAUUUUAGAAUGUAAGAAGUCAAUAAAUGAUGUAUACAUUU